CUCGUUUCUUUGCUUUCACGUUGGCAGUGACGGUGGUAGCACCUGGUUACCUGGAUAGUUUACGUGCAUAUUCUCUGUCGUGGCUAAAUUUGAAAUAAAAAUAUGGGUUUAAAAAGACGUACCGGAACCAAAAAUCCUCCUAUUUUCAGCAGCGAAUUUUUUAUUCAAAAUCAUGCCGAUAUUGUAUCUUGCAUCGCUAUGGUAUUUGUUAUCGGCUUGCUUUUUCAGAUUUCAGCACCCAUAGCAUCUGUGUUUGUUGUGAUGCAUCACAAUGUGACAGAAGCUUUGGAACCGACAGACACUGUACUGUACACUUAUGGCCGUCAGGACGUAUGUGUUAUCAUAUUUUACUUCCUCAUUGCUGUUGUCAUGCAUGCAAUUCUGCAGGAAUAUGCACUGGAUAAACUGAACAGGAAACUUCAUUUGUCAAAAAUGAAACAUAGUAAGUUUAAUGAAUCUGGCCAGCUUCUGGUAUUUUAUCUUAUUUCACUCAUCUGGGGUGGAGAUAUAAUAAUCAGGGAUGGUUACUUACUGAACAUAAGUAAGCUCUGGCAAGAUUAUCCCCACAAUGAAAUGACCUUUAUGUUUAAAUUCUACUUCAUUGUUCAACUUGCUUAUUGGCUGCAUUGCUAUCCAGAGCUUUACUUCCAGAAAGUUAAAAAAGAUGAAAUGAAACCCAGGAUUAUAUACACAACACUCUAUUUGGUAUUCUUGAGUGCUGCUUAUGUUUUGAACUUUACAAGGAUUGCAAUUUGUUUGUCUGUGUUGCAUUACCUUGUGGAAAGCGUCUUUCAUACUGCUAGAUUGUUGUAUUUUGCAGAGAAAACCAAAGCUGCUAGCUAUGGAUUCACCAUCUGGAAUGGUCUGUUUGUCUUUGUGAGACUUGGCUCCAUCACUUUAUCUGUCUUAACUUUCUGGUAUGGCUUGUCUCAGCAACAAUCUACCAGUGCAAUGGAUAUUGUUAAUGGAAACUUCAACACACAGCUGAUCCGCAUCAACAGUUUGGUGGCUGUGUGCUUACUACAAGCAUGGAUGAUGUGGAAUUUCAUCAAUUUCCAUUUGAAGAGAAUGCGUGAAAGAGCGGCACAAAUUGCUUCCAGCAAAAAGAAAGCUCUGGCCAAAAAGGAAAAGAAGCUUAAAAAGGAUGAAUGUGAUAAAAAAAGCAUCUGAAGAAGAUGUGAAUGAACUUCCUGAGGUGGACCAGAACACAAAGAAGGAUCUGAGAUCUCGAACGGGAGCUGCUUCCAGCCCGAAAUCUAAACGAUUUUAAGAACAUAAACAGAAUUCCUUUUUUUUUUUUAUUUGACUUAAAAAAAAGCUUCAUUCCUUUUCCACCUUUUGAAGUUUUAUUUGUUGUUUCUUUUUCAGAGUUUACAAUAAAACUUACUUUUUUUAUGUUA